ACAUACUCCCCGUAGACACAGCGACACGGUGUCGCUGGGUCGAGGCGGCGCGCCCGUGCGGCCGACUGUCAGUGUCUCCGUGCUCGUCCACUGCGAGGGAGUAGUGGCCGCCGCGCCGCGAGAGCUGUGGGUGUCGGACAACAUGUGAGCACUGCACGCCGGGUACCAGGCGCCCAGCUCGCCGCGAGCAAGCACCAGCUGGACAGUGGUUGAGUACAGAGGGGCCCCGGGAUGGGAGUCCCGGGUGCGGGCGGUGCGGGCCCCAACGGCGCGCGGCGGCCCAGUCACGUGGCGUACUACGUGGCGCUCGUCGGCAUCCUGUCGCUGCUCAUCAUGCUGUGUCUUUACUUCUUCUACUACUUCAUCAAGAAGGUCAAAGAGCUGAGUGCGUCGGACAGCGCGUCGCUGCCGACGACGUCGUGCCGGCCGCCGGCCGCCAGCGCGUACCCCGUGGCGCCAGUGGUGCGGGACGGCGCGAGUGCGAUGGCGCAGCCGGCGCCGGAGCCGCGAGCUGACAAGACGCCGGCGGCCGCGCUGCCGGUAGUGGCGGCCCCCGAGGUGGCGGCGCAGUAG